GCCCGCAGUCCCUGCCCGCCCAGUCUGGAGCCGGAGUGAAGGAGGGACUAGGAGGAGAGCGCCUGGGCCCCUCUGACCAGCGGCACCAGGCAGCAGCCUGUGCCCAGCGAUACAGACAGACAGAUCUAGGGCGGCCCCUCCUGGCAGCCCUGCUCCUCCAGAGGGAUGCUUUGGGAGUGAGGCCACUCCUCACCCCCAUAGGCCCUCACUCCCUCCAUUCUCCUGAGGCUCUGGGAGCCUGCAAAGGUCCUCACUGCCCUCCUACCCUGCCGCUGCCCAAUUUCGGGUCCAGCAAAGUCUUUCUGAUAACAGGAGAGGGUAGGCAGUGAGGAGGUCUUCCUGGAGGGGGUGACAGCCCAGAGCCCAGGACCUUGCCCACACUUCAGAAGGCAUCAGCAGCAAGGAUACCAUGCGGCCUCCGAGUGCCAUGCAAGCUCCUGUCCUCAAAGGCCAGGUGCUGUUGCUGCCCUUGCUGUUGUUGCUGGGACCACAGGCCUCCUGGGGCCUGGUCAUCACACCCCCGGGGCCAGAGCUUGUCCUCAAUCUCUCCAGCACCUUUGUUCUGACCUGCUCGGGUCCGGCUCCAGUGAUGUGGGAACGGAUGUCCCAGAAGCCCCCACAGGAAAUGACCACGACCCAAGACAGCACCUUCUCCAGUGUGCUAACACUGACCAAUGUCACUGGGCUAGACACAGGAGAAUACUUUUGUACCUACAAAGGCUCCCACGGGCUGGAGGCCAGUGAGCGAAAACGACUCUACAUCUUUGUGCCAGAUCCCACCGUGGGCUUCCUCCCUGUUGACCCCGAGGAACUAUUCAUCUUUCUCACGGAAAUAACUGAGACCACAAUUCCAUGCCGAGUGACGGAUCCGAGACUGGUGGUGACGUUGCAUGAGAAGAAGGUGGAUGUUCCGCUGCCCAUUGCCUAUGACCACCAACGUGGCUUCUCUGGUACCUUUGAGGACAAGACCUACGUCUGCAAAACCACCAUCGGGGACAGGGAGGUGGAUUCGGACGCCUACUAUGUCUACAGCCUCCAGGUGUCAUCCAUCAAUGUCUCAGUGAAUGCGGUGCAGACUGUGGUCCGCCAGGGGGAGAACAUCACCAUCAUGUGCAUUGUGACUGGGAAUGAGGUGGUCAACUUUGAGUGGACAUACCCACGCAUGGAGAGUGGGCGGCUGGUGGAGCCAGUGACCGACUUCCUCUUUGAAAUGCCCCACAUACGUUCUAUCCUGCACAUCCCCAGUGCCGAGCUGGGAGACUCAGGGACCUACAUCUGCAAUGUAUCAGAAAGCGUGAGCGACCAUCGAGAUGAAAAGGCCAUCAAUGUCACCGUGGUCGAGAGUGGUUACGUGCGGCUGCUGGGAGAGCUGGACCCUGUACAAUUCGCGGAGCUUCACCGCAGCCGGACACUGCAGGUGGUGUUCGAGGCCUACCCGCCGCCCACUGUCAUGUGGUUCAAGGACAACCGGACCCUGGGUGACUCCGGCGCCGGCGAGGUUGCGCUGUCUACGCGCAAUGUGUCUGAGACCCGGUAUGUGUCAGAACUGACACUGGUGCGGGUGAAGGUGGCAGAGGCUGGCCGCUACACCAUGCGGGCCUUCCAUGAGGAUGCUGAAGCCCAGCUCUCCUUCCAGCUGCAGGUCAACGUGCCUGUCCGUGUGCUGGAGCUGAGCGAGAGCCACCCUGCCAGCGGGGAGCAGACAGUCCGCUGUCGUGGCCGGGGCAUGCCCCAGCCACACCUCAGCUGGUCUACCUGCAGCGACCUCAAAAGGUGUCCGCUGGAGCUGCCUCCCACGCCGCUGGGGAACGCUUCCGAGGAGGAGAGGCUGCUGGAGACGAACGUGACAUACUGGGCAGAGGAGCAGGAGUUCGAGGUGGUGAGCACACUGCGCCUGCGCCGUGUGGAUCAGCCGCUGUCAGUGCGCUGCACGCUGCACAACCUCCUGGGCCAAGACGUUCAGGAGGUCACCGUGGUGCCACAUUCCCUACCCUUCAAGGUGGUGGUGAUCUCGGCAAUUCUGGCCUUGGUGGUCCUCACGAUCAUCUCCCUCAUCAUCCUCAUCAUGCUCUGGCAGAAGAAGCCACGUUAUGAGAUCCGAUGGAAAGUGAUUGAAUCUGUGAGCUCUGAUGGCCAUGAAUACAUCUACGUGGACCCUAUGCAGCUGCCUUACGACUCCACCUGGGAGCUGCCACGGGACCAGCUUGUGCUUGGACGCACCCUGGGCUCCGGGGCCUUUGGGCAGGUGGUGGAGGCCACGGCUCACGGCCUGAGCCAUUCGCACGCUACCAUGAAAGUGGCCGUCAAGAUGCUGAAAUCCACAGCCCGCAGCAGCGAGAAGCAAGCCCUCAUGUCGGAGCUGAAGAUCAUGAGUCACCUCGGGCCCCACCUGAACGUGGUCAACCUGCUGGGGGCCUGCACUAAAGGAGGGCCCAUCUUCAUCAUCACCGAGUACUGCCGCUACGGCGACCUGGUGGACUACCUGCACCGCAACAAGCACACCUUUCUGCAGCGCUGCUCCAACAAGCGCCGCCCGCCCAGCGCUGAGCUCUACAGCAACGCCCUGCCCGUUGGGCUCCCGCUGCCCAGCCAUGUGUCCCUGCCUGGGGAGAGCGAUGGUGGCUACAUGGACAUGAGCAAAGACGAGUCGGUGGACUAUGUGCCCAUGCUGGACAUGAAAGGGGACGUCAAAUACGCAGACAUCGAGUCCUCCAACUACAUGGCUCCUUACGAUAACUACGUCCCCUCUGCUCCUGAGAGGACCUGCCGGGUGACUUUAAUCAACGAGUCCCCAGUACUUAGCUACACGGAUCUUGUGGGCUUCAGCUACCAGGUGGCCAAUGGCAUGGAGUUCCUGGCGUCCAAGAACUGCGUCCACCGAGAUCUGGCAGCCAGGAAUGUGCUCAUCUGUGAGGGCAAACUGGUCAAGAUCUGCGACUUUGGCCUGGCUCGUGACAUCAUGCGGGAUUCGAACUACAUCUCCAAAGGCAGUACCUUCCUGCCUCUGAAGUGGAUGGCCCCCGAGAGCAUCUUCAACAGCCUCUACACCACCCUGAGCGACGUGUGGUCCUUCGGGAUCCUGCUCUGGGAGAUCUUCACCCUGGGUGGCACCCCGUACCCAGAGCUGCCCAUGAACGAGCAGUUCUACAAUGCCAUCAAGCGGGGCUACCGCAUGGCUCAGCCUGCCCACGCCUCUGACGAGAUCUAUGAGAUCAUGCAGAAGUGCUGGGAAGAGAAGUUUGAGAUUCGGCCCACCUUCUCCCAGCUGGUGCUGCUUCUCGAGAGACUGCUGGGCGAGGGUUACAAAAAGGUAUGUUGAGGCAGGGUUGGGGCGGGGAACGGAGAGUUCUGGUCCAGAAGUAGACACAGGGUACAAGGCUUUGUGUGACAUGCUGGUAUUUGGGGGACCAUCCUUUCCCCUCUCUGGGCCUCAGUUUCCCUGUUGGUACUAAUAAGGAAUGGGCUGGAGCUGUGAGUGUAGUUUAUUUUAGCAGCAUAGAGUUUUUUAAAGUGAAACCCUAUGUGGAAGCUGAUUAAUUUAAAGUGG